GAGAGAGAGCGCCAAACACCGACUCACUGCGACUCAGAACGCGCCACACAUACUAAGUAAACGGGGGAUCGCUCCGCUCGUGCAGGAGAGCUGCUCGUCUCACCCGUGGUGGAUACAAUUACACAACUGCUGUCGUCUCCAAACCUUGUCCGUUGGAUACUUUGGCUACGUCCUCUCAGUUUUACAGUUUUAUUACCUGCUUUUUGUAUCACCCCCUCCCCUGUUUCUUUCCCAUCUUUCCUCCCCUCUCCUCAUCCUUGAGCAUCCUCCCCUUCUCCGCAAGUCUUCUUGCCUGCCUGGCUAACUUUUCCACCCGACUCCAUCCCACACAACCUCCUCCAUCGCUCACCAAACCCCUCAGUUUUUUAACCCCCCGUCCUCCUAUUGCAGCAGCCUCCCCUGGAACGGGCGGAACCCAUUUGGUCAGUCCACACGGGACACUACAUGGGGCGCACGGUCUCGCUCGGAAAAUGGUCUGCUGUCGGUGUCUAAGCGCCCCGCUGAACCUGCCGGGAUUGGAGUUGUCAGUGCGCGUCUACAUUUCUUUCCCACCUCGCCUGUGCUGUCGGGGCCAGUGAGAUAUGGGUCUGUCCGUGGCGGCGCAGGCACCACUCAAGGAGCCCCGACGCCUGCGCCAGUGGAGCGGGACGGCGGGAGGCUGGCUCAGGAUCACCCUCGUCUCGUUUCUCGCCACUUUACCUGUGGAGCAGCUGCGCGCCUUCCCUUCCUCCCUCAGCGACUGCCAGACGCCGACCGGCUGGAACUGCUCCGGUUUCGAUGACCGAGACACAGACCUGUUCUUGUGCGACACCAACACAUGCAAGUUUGAUGGGGAGUGUCUACGACUUGGGAACAUGGUGACGUGCAUUUGCGAUUUCAAGUGCAAUAAUGACUAUGCCCCAGUGUGCGGCUCCAACAAUCAGAACUACCAGAACGAGUGUUUCCUGCGCAGGGACGCCUGUAAGCAGCAGUCUGAAGUACUUAUUAUGUCAGAAGGCGCCUGUCCUGCCGAUGCCGGCUCAGGAUCAGGAGAUGAUGGUGGAGAGGGCUCAGCUGAGGCAGGGCAGAAAGAAACGUCCACCUGCGACAUUUGCCAGUUCGGGGCUGAGUGCGAUGUGGACGCAGAAGAUGUUUGGUGUGUUUGCAACAUUGACUGUUCACACAUCAGCUUCAACCCAGUGUGUGCCUCAGAUGGCCGUUCCUAUGACAACCCCUGCCAAGUGAAGGAGGCAUCCUGUCAGAAGCAGGAACGCAUCGAGGUCAAGUACCUGGGCCACUGCCAAGGCGACAUCAUAUCCGGGAACAAAGGCGGAGGAGAUGGACACUUUGCACGGACCGACAUCACAGAGGACACAGAUGACCCGAGGAAUGGGUUGGCCCGCGGCCUGUACAUCCCCUGUCCAGAACACUACAAAAACUACUGCGUCCAUGGAGAGUGUCAAUACCCCAGUAUUCUGGCCCAGCCCUCCUGCAGCUGUCACUCGGGUUUCAGCGGCCCCCAGUGUGACACCAAAGAGUACAACGUGCUCUAUGUGGUGCCAGGCUCCGGCAAACUGCACUACGUCCUCAUCGCCUCUAUCAUUGGAGCACUCCAGGUGGUCAUUAUCUGUGUGGUGGUGCUCUGCAUCACCAGGAAGUGUCCACGGACCAACAGGAUCAACCGGCAGAAGCAGAACAAUGUCCACUUCAGUUCAGAGAACACCAUGCGCGCCUCCACUCGACUUAUCUGAGCCCAGACACACGGGACAGAAUCCCCUCUCCACUUUAUGGAGCGCUGUGGCGUUAAAUGUUCUCCCCUUGUAGGCCAACCCCGAAAAUUAGGAUCUGCUUCCCCUCACUCCUCCUCGCCCUCUCUCCCAGUAUGAACUUCAAGGAUGCCCAGGGAGAAUGGUGGCAAAGCAAAGACAGAGCUGGCACACCGGUCAGAGUGAGACUCACACGUGGAUAAUGUCGUCAUCAGUCGCCAGUUGCCGAUAUGGCACUUUUGAA